GGUUAUUAAUAACUCGAGCUGCUCGUGCAAACAUCGUCUCAUAAAUUGAGCUGUCAAAACUGGGCUAUUUUGGUUUGAAAGAAGAAAAAAAACCUCGGGAGAGAUGAAAGAAGCAGCAUGGCAGCGGCCCUAAAAAGACAGGCUCCGUCUUCAUUAAACAACACCCGCACAGAUGAAAUAUUCAUCCCUCUCUCCAUAUGAACUCAUAACACGGUUAUUGGUGCGCACGCGCAAACGCACCUGCUCUGGCGCCCCGGUUGCAUCUCCAUCCCUCCCUCUCCUCUCUCUCUCCGCGGGGGACAGAUGGGAGGAGACGCUCCUCCUGGACGUGCAGCGGGUUUUCACGGACAAUGUUCCCGUCGUUUCCCCGCAGCUUUUCCGUGCCGUGGACCGAGGGGAUCGGAGUGGAGGCUUCGCGUGUGACUUGGAUUUAAAUCAAGGGAAAUGAAUGUCCCGUAGAUGCGCUCAUCUCUUUGCUCCCCGAGGGGACUGAAGAUGCGGGUACCUGUUUCACACCGGCUCGGUUCGUCCCGGUAGCCUGAUCCCGCUUGAUGCUUUGGAAUCCACAGGGGCCACCAGAGAGAAUUUUUUUUUUUCCUAAGGAAUCGGAUCCCCCCCUCCCAGCAUCCUAACAGAUGGAUAACUACUCGGCUUUACAACUUCAGUGUCUGGAAAUGACCACUAAGCGGAAGCUGAUUGGCCGGCUGGUGCCGUGUCGCUGUUUCCGUGGUGAGGAGGAGGUGAUCUCAGUGUUGGACUAUUCCCACUGCAGCCUUCAGCAGGUGCCCAAGGAAAUCUUCAGCUUUGAGAGAACGCUGGAGGAGCUCUACCUGGAUGCCAACCAGAUCGAGGAACUUCCCAAGCAACUCUUCAACUGCCAGGCCCUGAAGAAGCUGAGCAUGCCUGAUAACGACCUGUCCAACCUGCCCACCACCAUCGCCAGCCUGGUUAACCUCAAGGAGUUAGACAUCAGUAAAAAUGGUAUCCAGGAGUUUCCAGACAAUAUCAAGUGCUGUAAAGGCCUGUCUGUGGUAGAGGCCAGCGUCAACCCCAUCACCAAACUCCCCGAUGGUUUCACGCAGCUCCUGAACCUGACCCAGCUCUUCUUAAAUGAUGCCUUCCUGGAGUAUCUGCCUGCUAACUUUGGCAGACUCUCCAAACUACGGAUCCUGGAGCUGAGGGAGAACCACUUGAAAACCAUGCCAAAGUCCAUUCACAGACUGACUCAGCUGGAGAGGCUGGAUCUGGGAAGCAAUGAAUUCUCUGAAGUGCCAGAGGUGUUGGAGCAGAUACACAACCUGAAGGAGCUGUGGCUGGAUAACAAUUCUCUACAGACGAUACCAGGGUCUAUAGGAAAGCUUCGUCAGUUGCGGUACUUGGACCUGGCCAAGAAUCGCAUUGAGACGUUAGAUUCUGAUGUUUCUGGCUGUGAAGCCCUAGAAGACCUGCUGCUCUCUUCCAACAUGUUGCAACACCUCCCAGACUCUAUAGGAAUGCUGAAGAAGCUGACAACGCUGAAGGUUGAUGACAACCAGCUGACCUCACUGCCUCACACCAUCGGGAGUCCGAAGCCCAAGCAAGGCCUGUCUCUGCUGGAGGAGUUGGACUGUAGUUGUAAUGAGCUGGAGUCGCUGCCGCCAACCAUUGGUUACCUGCACAGCCUGAGGACCUUUGCUGCUGAUGAGAACUUCCUCACGGAGCUGCCUCGGGAGAUCGGUAACUGCAGGAACGUGACGGUGAUGUCGCUGCGGUCCAACAAGCUGGAGUUUCUUCCUGAUGAGAUCGGACAGAUGACCAAACUUCGUGUGCUGAACCUCAGUGACAACAGGUUGAAGAAUCUACCGUUCACCUUCACUAAGCUGAAGGACCUGGCAGCUCUGUGGCUUUCUGACAAUCAGUCCAAGGCUCUGAUCCCGCUGCAGACAGAAGCCCAUCCAGAAACCAAACAGAAAGUUUUGACCAACUACAUGUUUCCUCAGCAGCCGCGACACGAUGAGGAUUACCAGUCGGACAGUGACAGCUUUAAUCCUACUCUGUGGGAGGAGCAGAGACAGCAGAGGAUGACUGUGGCCUUUGACUUUGAGGACAAGAAAGAAGAGGAAGACAACUCUGGGAAGGUCAAGGUGGAAAUAAAUCUAAAACGUUACCCAACACCUUAUCCGGAAGACCUGAAGAACAUGGUGAAGUCAGUGCAAAGCCUUGUGGGUAAAAGCAUACAUCCUGGACACGCCCACCAGCACCAGCUGAGCACAGGCACUGCCACCUCGGCAGGCUCCAACAUGGAACAUUCUCACCUCAGCAAAGAGCCCUACGAGCCGCCGUGGCCCCUCCCCCCUAAAGAGGUGACAGACAGAGAGAUGCAGGACUUCUCUCAGUCUCAGCUCAUGGAUCAGGGAUCAAUGCAUAACUCUGGGAUCGAUAUUCCAAAGAGGAAAGAUAAAGAAGAUUUGACAGAGAGCUCCGAGGAUUCCAUGGGCGGCUCUCCCAAUGACAUCCGUAUCUCCGACAUGAGGCCAACACUGGUGGAGCCGCCGAUGUACAAACCAAAGGUGGUGCUGCUCGGAAAGGAAAAGAAAGAGUCCAUAGAUGAGGACGUGGAUAAACGCCACUGUCUGAACCACAGCGGCUCCUCUGCCACCUACUCCGAUUACUCACCCUCACAAGGCUCCUCAGGCUCCUCCAACCCACCUGGCAAUACACACCCACAUGCACACCCACAUGCACAUCCGCACACCCCUGCCCUCCCAGCCCCCAACAAGGAUCAGGCCCCUCAGACGCAUUGGACCAACAGACUUGCCCAGUCGUUCCCUAAGCCUAUCGACUCAAAACCCCUGUUAUCUCAAAGAGAAACACCUCCAUCGGGAACCCUGCAGCAACGGGGGGACCGCCGUCCGCUCAGUGAGCCUUUUGACUGGGUUGAAGCCCCGCACUAUGACAACACUGGUUUUGAUGCAGAAGAGUCUCCUCUAGAUCCUCCAUCAUCUAACACGAGUCAAGGGAACCCACCACUGGGCUCCAAACCCCGUAGCCAGUCGACCCACGGCCGCCGGCCCCUCCUCAGGCAAGACAGAAUUGUUGGAGUUCCCUUGGAGCUGGACACUCAGACUCUCCCAUACCACGGCAACCAACGCUCCAACCCUGACAAUGAUCCACAAUCUUCCGCGACUCAAUCACAGAACCCCUGGCAGAAUUGGACCAGGACUCCUAGUCCACUUGAGGACAGGACUGCUUUCCCCUCUAAGCUGGACCUGACGCCGACCUCCAGCCCCAACCCUGACCGCAAGGACAUGGACCCCAGACAUGAGCAGAACUCUGGCCCUUUGCCUGGAAGUUGGACAUACCAUAAUAAUCAGGGCGAGCAGAACAGGAAGGACCAGCUCACUGUUGGUGGGGGCAACAAGGUGACUGUGGUGAUGACUAAAAGCUCUGACCGUCUUUCCCCCAUGAUGAAGGAGAUGAGAUCCAAGUUCAAAAAGUCGCAGAGCAUAGAUGAGAUUGACAUCGGCUCCUAUAAAGUCUACAGUAUUCCUAUGGAAAGCUACAGUUCUUCCAUUGAGCAGCAAACUAGUUUGGACCGCCAAGACCUGCCUGGUUCUUUAGAGCAGACCAACAUGUCCCGAUCGCAGUCUGCUCCCAUGUUGGAUGAGGAACUGGGCUUCCCUGGUAACCAAAAUCAGUCUGGACAUAACCAAAAACCAGCCAUUCCACAGAAGGCCUAUCACUUUGACCAGAACUAUAAUCCCCAGGUGACCAUGGAUCGUCGAGUCCCUCCUCCAUUCCCCAACACGCCAGAUUAUGCCAACCACUCAGCAAAGAUUUUAGAUUAUUUAAAUCAGUCUGGAAAGACGCUUCCCAAAGAGCUAGUGAGCCCUCGGUACCGUGUAUAUCCACCGCUGGAGAUGUUCUCCUUCCCUCAAGCACCAAUCAACCAGGACGGCCCACCCAAUCAACAGCAGCCAAUCCCAGCACAGCGUUCCAGGCCAGGCUUUCUGAGAAGAGCAGAUUCGUUGGUGAGCUCCACGGAGCUUGCUUUGUUUCGUCGAGUUCAUGAAGCCCAGCAGGAGGCCCUGCAGGAAGCACAGUACAGACAACAGAUAGAGCCCCCUCAUUACAGUCGGGCUCUUGCCUACUCCACGCCAAUGGAUCACUCUGGUCUUACAAACAUGGCCGACAACCAAAGUCAGAUGAUGCAGAACAAGAGAAACGGUCGCUAUGAUGACGACUAUACCACUUACCAAGAGCAGAAGAAGCCUAUGAUUGGUUAUCCUACCAAGAGUCUGACUCAACGUCGCCCCCUUUCUGCCAGGAGCUAUAGCACAGAGACAUAUGGAGCCUCUCAGGCCCGUCCAGUGUCGGCUCGACCCACCAUGGCUGCCCUACUGGAGAAAAUGCCUCCUGACUACACCCUUGCAACAUGCCCUGAAAAGCCAUCAGAGGACACCAUCAAAGUAAGACCUGUCGUACCACAGAAACCCGAAGACAUCACGUCCAAGAUGCCUGCUGACUGGAGACAACAACUUCUCCGACACAUAGAGGCCAAACGACUGGACAGGAGUGGUGUCCUAAAGCACAACACGCUCACGCUGGGCAUGCUCUGUCAGGGCGUGGGUCACGGCCAGGGGCGCAGCAGCACUUUGAACUUUAACCAUUACAAUAACACUAAGCAUGAGCCCCCUGCUGGCCGCUGGCUGCCACUACCUCCUCCUCCAUCUGCCAAUGCUACUCCCUCUCAGCAGGGCGGAAUGCUGGAUAAUGACCAGGAGGGGGUGUCGGGAAACAACCAGUGGGCCCCCUAUUCUCUUGGCAGGAGGGAUGUCCCACCUGACAACCUCAUGAAAAAGAGUGGACAUUCACACAACCCCUCCCACCAGUCACACAACACCAUGAUCAACACGUCCUCCUCCUCGGCCACUCCACCUCAUCGCAUGGUCGGGCAGCAGGGUUACGAUGGAAUGAUGAACAAAGGAGGGCAAUACCAACAAGGGAUGUCUCUAUCAGUGGUACCCUCUGGUGGGCCGGGGCAGUACCAAGGAACCAUGUCUCAGGCACUUACUUCUCCUGGCCAGGCUUACCCCAGCUCUGGCCUGCCUAUGGCCAUUUCCCCAUCUGGGAACCAACCCCAAUACAACCCCCACUCCUCCCAUCAGCCCUCCUUGCCUUCUACCAACCCCCAGUAUCAUGGAAAUCAGGGCAUGGUCCACAGCAACCAGGGUGUUAUGAGCACCCAUACCAACCCACGGCCUCAGAGCGCACGCUGCUUGUUGCAGACCAAAGGCCAAAAGAGCACAGACGGGUACCAGGAGCAGCUAUGUGUAAGAAUAGAGAAGAACCCUGGUCUCGGUUUCAGUAUCUCUGGUGGCAUCAGCGGCCAGGGGAACCCCUUCAAACCCUCCGACAUGGGUAUCUUUGUUACUAGGGUACAGCAUGACGGGCCUGCUGCCCCCGCCCUUCAGCCUGGAGACAAAAUAGUACAGCAUGACUGUGUAGCUCCUCCUCUUCUCUCUCUUUUCCCCAACAGUGAUGUGUUACUGAGAUAAUGAUGGCAGUGACCCUCCAUCCUUCCACAAACACUCACACAUAAAAAUGUGUAUGGAAAAAAAAAAAAAAAAACUGCAGCAAGCAUGCAUACAUACAUGAGCACACACACAUGCUGCUGACUGUGCUGCGUGUUUGCCUUGCAGGCUAAUGGACAUAGUUUUUUACACAUGGAACAUGAGACAGCCGUCUCUCUGCUGAAGAGUUUCCAACGGACGGUCGACUUGGUGAUUCUGAGAGACAGCAGCAUGCGCCAGAAAUAGUUUUUAUAGAAAACAAACAAAUGCAGCAACGCUACUCUUCUAUUCGCCAUCCUACGCCACUCCACCUGCCCUCCUGCCGGAGGCUCGUGGAACUGAGAAAUGAGCCGCCUUUAGUACCUUUUUAGUGGAAAACACACAUUUAUUUGCCAUUUGCUGGACCAAAGGCAAAUACUAGUGCCAAAUGUACCAUAGGAAACAUAUCGGCUCUUCUGUCUGCCGCUGAUCAGGGACCUGAUCCACGGCUGGAUGGACCACAAGAAAAUUUUACACCAUUGAGUUUCGACAGGGCUGCUGCAGUUCCUAAUUUGAUCAUUCUGUUUUUUUGCUUGUGGUUUUCUUUUUUCCCCACUGCCUAUCUUGUAGACUUUAAACUGUUUAUAUCUGUAGCACCUUGUUCACAUUUUUUUUUUUUUUUUGGUUUUCUCUUGUGUUUUUUUUUCAUUUUUCUUGGGACACUGUUUUUAUUGUCUUCUUUUUUGCAGCUUACUUUUUGCCUCCAUUGUACAGAAAUUGGAAACUUUAGACUUUCUGCCUUGUGUUCUUGUAGAGAUUCAGCUUUCCUAGAGCUGCACUCUCAAACAGGCCUGAAGAGAGCUCUAAAUGUUUAUGAUUAUGAUAAUUAUUGUUGAUAAAUUACAUUCUGAAUUCAUUCCUGUGAUUGUACAGGGAAUAUUUCUCCAAAUGUAUGCUUUUUUUAAAGUAUAAACUAUUUUACCUGUA